AUGGAACAUUUCCCUGGGGGAAAGACAGGAAAUAUUCGGGAGCUUAGACCUGGACCUAAAUCGAAUGAUUCUCGAAACAUUCCUUCAGGUCGGGCUUCAGGCUUAUACACAGGUGUGAUAUCCAUCACCCUCUGGACCCAACUUUCGAGACCUCCUUCUGGAAGAAAAUUUUUGCUUAUCAUAAUCGUUUUGCUCUACAUUCUCGCGACGAUCGGAUUUGGGUUCGACUGGGCCUUCCUGCGUCCUGCAGAGCUUUCCGGCCCUUGGUGGAUAGCUUACCAGCUCGUCGAUGGAAUCACGGGCGGUUUCAGCACAUUCCUUGUCGACAUUACCAUCGUAUGGCGCUGUUGGGUCAUUUGGGAUCGACAGUGGCGAAUCGUCAUCUUUCCCACAGUUUGUGCCGUUGCAGGAUCCGUCGCAAAGGUGAUACAGCUGUACAGUAUUCUCCUCGACACGACUGAGGAUAUCACUGAUACAGGAGGGGUUGUCUCGCAGAUUGAUUUUACCGUGAUGUACAUCUCGUUGACCCUGGCCACGACGCUGAUGUGCACAGCACUCAUCGUGUAUCGUAUACUGCGAGUUUCGGGUGUUCAUGUGUAUUUUGACAUCCUGGAGGUCCUGGUCGAGUCCUCGGCCAUCUACUCUCUAUCGCUGGUCGUCUACCUGGCGCUCGUGAUUCGUGAUUCCGAUGAUUGCUUUUACGCAGACAUCAUCGUGGCGUAUAUCAAGGGAAUUGCACCAACCCUCCUUGUUGCCCGCGUUGCGUCGAAACCCCACCGUGGUGACACUUAUGAGGAAAGCUACAAUCAUGAUGUUCAUCAAGCGUAUCCAGACCCUGAGACGGCGACAUGA